UUAAUUUUUCUUAUUUUUCUUCUCUUUUUUUUUCUUUUUUUGUAAGAUUUUUCUUACAAGAUUGUCUUCCGGUUUUUCUUACCAAACUAAAGGCAUAGCUGAAAAGCAAUUCCAUAAACUGGAGUGUUGCGUUCCUUUCUUUUGUGUUCAUUGAAGUGUCCGAAAGUUGAAAUACUUACAUCAACACGAAGUAUAUCAAAAUACAGAGUACACAGUAAAAGUCAAUCUAUCACGAAAUCCUAAAAUGGACACUUUUACUUUUUAGGGCUUCUAUCGGAAGUGUCGUUUCCUCUCUGACGGGCUGACAGGAAACAGGAAGUGGCAGCGAGAGCGUCAGCAAUGAGGCUGCCGCUUCUACUCGGCUCCUCCGGCUUCAUCUUCCAGGCUCUUUUGAGGCCUUUUCCUGUCUUUGGACGCAAACUCCUCUCUUGUGCAGUCACCUUGCCGCAUUUGAACAAUUUGAGAAAAACGAUGCACUAUCAAACCGAGGCGAGAGGAAGCCCAAAUACCACAGAUUACCGGAUUUAUUUUAAAAACUCAGAUGGCAACUACAUUUCUCCUUUCCAUGAUAUUCCCCUCAUAGCUGAGGCAGAACAGGACAAUGGUUUACCCGCCAAGAAGCUCAAGAGGAAAGAGAGCGAGGUGCUCUUUAACAUGGUCGUGGAGGUGCCCCGCUGGUCAAACGCUAAGAUGGAGAUUGCGACAAAGGAACCGCUGAACCCCAUUAAGCAAGACGUAAAGAAAGGCAAGCUCCGAUAUGUUGCCAACAUAUUUCCCCAUAAAGGUUACAUUUGGAACUAUGGUGCCAUUCCGCAGACGUGGGAGGAUCCCAACCACACAGACUCGGAAACAAAAUGCUGUGGCGAUAACGAUCCAAUUGACGUUUGUGACAUUGGUAUGCAGGUGUGCUCUCCUGGUCAGGUGAUCCAAGUGAAGGUGCUUGGAAUAUUGGCAAUGAUUGAUGAGGGAGAAAUGGACUGGAAGGUAAUGGCUAUCAACAGCGAGGACCCAGAUGCCAAAAACCUAAAUGACCUAGAUGACGUCCGGAAGAGCCGGCCUGGUCAUUUAGAGGCCACUGUGGACUGGUUCAGGAAAUAUAAGGUUCCAGAUGGGAAGUCCGAGAACCAGUUCGGAUUCAAUGCGCAAUUUCAAGAUAAGGACUUUGCUGUGAAGAUAAUAAAGUCCACACAUGCGCACUGGAGGGCACUAGUGCAGAAGAAGACUAACAUUGGUGGGAUUGAAUGUAAAAAUGUAUCAUGCUGUGACAGUCCUUUCAAAUGCAACGCAACAGAGGCUAGAGAUGUGAUUCAGUCGGCCCCUGCACCUGGUUGCGGACACAGUGUUUCAUCAGAGGUGGACAAGUGGCACUUUGUCUGAGUUGAUUGGGAAACGCGAAAAACCUGGACGCAAACAAUCAUCAUCAGUUAAUGCUGCGUCACUAUUUGUUAGCAGCAUGAGUAUUAUCUGGUAAGGAUCUAUUCUCAGCUCUAUAAAAAGCCAUGUUUGACAUUGAGUACAGAAAAAUAAAAACGUACUGUACAUUUUUUACAUCAUGAACUAGUAAAAUAAUGUUGUAAUCAAUAUGAAGUCAAGUUGAAUGUCCAAUCAGAGAUUAAAUAUGUUUUUGAUGGUG